UACCCGUGGGCCCAUGCUUCCCUCCAAAACGCCGUUUUUGUCCCCCACAGCGGGGUUUAACCCCACCUUCGGCCCGGCAUGGGUUCCUCUCUAUGGAUCGCCCCCCAGCGGGGGGCUCCGGGAUGGUCUUCAGAGUCUCAAUGAAGGCCUUGGCCAAGGCAUUUGGUUCCGUGGCCGCCUGCUGUUGGCUGUGUCCAUGGAAGUGUCCGAAGGAAGAGCUGAACCUGAGCCUCCCCAGGCCCCACAGCGACCCAGAUUGUCCCGGCUCAUGAGAAAGAAGAAGAAAGCCAGGCGGGGUCAGACCCCAACGGGGAUCCCACAGCCCCUGGAUGCCAGCUCCAGUGGUGAUGGUCCUGAGAUUCCCAGUGCCAUGGAGGUGGAGGUGGAGGAGUUGCUGCCUCUGCCAGAGAAUGCCCUGGCGCCCUUGCAAGAUUUCCUGCUCUUUGGUGUGCUUUUCGAGGCCACCAUGAUUGACCCUGCCUUGGCCUCCCAGCCCAUCAGCUUUGAGAUCUCCAUUGGUGGCGCAGGCCGCAGGGAGGAGCAACCGGGCCGAGGUGCGAGGGCCGCGGAGGGAGCGGAGGGCGUGGCAGGGGAAGCAGAGCCUCUGCUGGAGUCCGAAGUGGGAGUCCGGCCAGUGGAGGAGGGGGAGGAGCUAGGGACCCCUGCCCAGCGACCUGAGCCCAUGGAUGGCAACGGGCCCUAUUUCUGCUUGCCCCUGCGUCACCGCAAGCCGUGCGUACGCGUGUGGAGCCGCUGGGAGGAUCACACGUGGCGCCUGCAGAGCACUAACUGCGUGCGGAAAGUGGCCGAGAGGCUGGACCAGGGGCUGCAGGAGGUUGAGACUCUGCAGCGCAGGCCGGGAGUUGGCGCCUGCACGCGGCUGAAGCAGGCGCUGGAAGAGCUGGUGGCGGGGAGCAGACAGUUCUGCCACAGUGCUGAGCGCAGGACAAUGACCCGGCCCAAUACCCUGGAUCGCUGCCGAGGGAAACUGCUGGUGCAUAGCCUGAACCUGUUGGCAAAGCAAGGACUGCGGCUUCUACAGGGUCUGAGACAGGGCAAUGUGCAAGAGAGGGUGGCACUGGCCAAGAAGCUCUUGGCGAAACUCCACUUCCUGGCCCAGGAGCCCCAGCCACCCCUCCCAGAUGUGCUAGUCUGGAUGUUCAGUGGGCAGCGCCGUGUGGCCUGGGCCCGGAUCCCUGCCCAGGAUGUGCUGUUCUCCGUGGUCGAGGAGGAACGGGGCCAGGACUGUGGGAAGAUCCAGAGUCUGCUGCUCACAGCACCUGGGGCAGCUCCUGGUGAGGUCUGUGCCAAGCUGGAGCUCUUCCUGUGGCUGGGGCUCGGUAAGCAAGCCAAGGCCUGCACCUCAGAGCUCCCCCGGGACCUGCUGCCUGAGCCCUCCGAGGGACUGCCCCACCACCUGUACCGGGAUGACUUCAGCUACUUCCAGCUCCGAGCUCACUUGUACCAGGCCCGAGGGGUGUUGGCAGCUGAUGACAGUGGGCUUUCGGACCCCUUUGCUCGAGUCCUCAUUUCUACCCAGUGCCAGACCACAAGAGUCCUGGAGCAGACGCUAAGCCCCCUGUGGGAUGAGCUCUUGGUGUUUGAUCAGCUGAUCAUAGAUGGGAGGAGGGAGCAUCUGCAGGAGGAGCCACCAUUAGUGCUCAUCAAUGUCUUCGACCACAAUAAGUUUGGCCCCCCUGUGUUCCUGGGCAGAGCACUGGCUGCCCCAAGGGUAAAGCUGAUGGAGGAUCCUUACCAACGUCCUGAGCUACAGUUCUUUCCCCUAAGGAAGGGGCCCCGGACAGCUGGGGAGCUCAUCGCCACCUUUGAACUCAUUGAGCUGGACUACAGUGGCCGCCUUGAGCCUUCAGUGCCCAGUGACGUAGAGCCCCAGGACCUGACACCCCUGGUCGAGCACCUCUCUGGACGCCUGUCCCUGCCACCUGACGUGCGUCCAGUGCUCAGGGAGUUCCGUGUUGAGGUGCUGUUCUGGGGUCUGAGGGGCCUUGGCCGUGUGCAUCUGUUCGAAGUGGAGCAGCCCCAGGUGGUGCUGGAGGUGGCUGGGCGACGCGUGGAGUCAGAGGUCCUGGCCAGUUACCGUGAGAACCCCAAUUUCACUGAGCUCGUCAGGCAUCUGACAGUGGACCUGCCUGAGCAGCCCUACCUGCAGCCCCCACUCAGCAUCCUGGUGAUCGAGCGCCGGGCCUUCGGUCGCACUGUGCUUGUGGGUUCGCAUGUCGUCUCCCACAUGCUGCGAUUCAUACUCCAAGGUCAUGAGGACCUCCCCGAGGAGGAAGGACAAGAGGAAGAGGCAGGGGGCCUAAUGCUCAAGGGACCGCAAGGACAGAAGUCCCUGGAUCCCUUCUUGACAGAAGUGGGGAUGCCCAGACGGCAACUGAAGGCUCCUCUGAAGAAGUUCCCCCUGGGGAGCCUCCUGAACCAAGGCCCUGAGCUGGAGGAGGAAGUCCCAGAUCCUGAGGAGCUCGACUGGUGGUCUAAGUACUACGCAUCGCUGCAGGAGCUCCGGGGCCAGACCAACUUCGAGGAGGACGAGCUGGAUGAUCCUGGGGAGUCAGAUGGGGUCCACCUCAUAUCUGUGGCUGGGGAGGCCCAAGACCAGGGUCAGGGUGAGGCUGAAGUCAAAGGCUCCGUAUCCCAGAAGAAAGCAGUCCCCACCCUGAAGAUCUACAGUGGUACCCUGGAGGAAGAGUUUAACCACUUUGAAGACUGGCUGAAUGUGUUUCCCCUGUACCGAGGACAAGGGGGCCAGGAUGGAGAUGGAGAGCAAGAAGGGUCCGGACAUCCUGUGGGCAAGUUCAAGGGCUCCUUCCUUAUUUACCCUGAAUCAGACGCGGUGUCAUUCUCCGAGCCCCAGAUCUCCCGAGGAGUCCCACAGAACCGGCCCAUCAAGCUCCUGGUCAGAGUGUACGUGGUAAAGGCUACCAACCUGGCUCCUGCAGACCCCAAUGGCAAGGCAGACCCUUACGUGGUGGUGAGUGCUGGACGGGAGCGGCAGGACACCAAGGAACGCUACAUCCCCAAGCAGCUGAAUCCCAUCUUUGGAGAGGUCCUGGAGCUCAGCGUUUCUCUCCCUGCUGAGCCAGAGCUGACUGUGGCUGUGUUUGAUCAUGACCUCGUGGGUUCUGACGACCUUAUCGGGGAGACCCACAUUGACUUGGAAAACCGAUUCUAUAGCCACCACAGGGCCAACUGUGGCCUGGCCUCCCAGUAUGACGUGGACGGGUACAAUGCCUGGCGUGAUGCAUUCCGGCCUUCGCAGAUCCUGGCAGGGCUCUGCCAACGCUGUGGCCUUCCGGGCCCUGAAUACCGAGCCGGGGCUGUCAAGGUGGGCAGCAAAGUCUUUCUGACACCGCCUGAGACCCUGCCUCCAGGUAGAGGGGGCCCCAAGGUGGCAAGUGAGGUGUCUGAGGAGGCACAGGCAUUGCUGGUGCUGCGGCGCUGGCAAGAGAUGCCGGAGCUUGGGAUCCAGCUGGUGCCUGAGCACGUGGAAACUCGGCCCCUCUACCAUCCCCGCAGCCCAGGGCUGCCGCAGGGAUCCCUUCACAUGUGGAUUGAUCUCUUUCCCCGCGAUGUGCCUGCCCCACCCCCAGUUGACAUCAAGCCUCGACAGCCAAUCAGCUAUGAGCUCAGAGUCAUCAUCUGGAACACGGAAGAUGUGGUUUUGGAUGAUGUGAACCCGCUCACUGGAGAGCUGUCCAGUGACAUCUAUGUGAAAAGCUGGGUGAAGGGGCUGGAGCACGAUAAGCAGGAGACAGACGUUCACUUCAACUCCCUGACUGGGGAGGGGAAUUUCAACUGGCGCUUUGUAUUCCGCUUCGACUACCUGCCCACGGAGCGGGAGGUGAGCGUCCGGCGCCGGCCUGGACCCUUUGCCCUGGAAGAAGCGGAGUUCCGGCAGCCGGCGGUGCUGGUCCUGCAGGUCUGGGACUAUGACCGCAUCUCCGCCAAUGACUUCCUUGGAUCCCUGGAGCUGCAGCUGCCAGACAUGGUGCGGGGGGCCCGGGGCCCCGAGCUCUGCUCCGUGAGGCUGGCCCGCGACGGGGCCGGGCCGAGGUGCAACCUCUUCCGCUGCCGCCGCCUGCGGGGCUGGUGGCCUGUGGUGAAGCUGCGGGAGCCCGAGGAUGAGGAACGGGAGCAGCGGGAGGCUCCAGGCAGCAAGAAGAGGCAGAGGAAGAAGAGGAAGGGCCGGCCGGAGGAUUUAGCGUUCACGGACCCCGGAGGCCACGUCCACGUGCUCACGGGGAAGGUGGAAGCAGAGUUUGAGCUGCUGACCGUGGAGGAAGCGGAGAAGCGGCCGGUGGGGAAGGGGCGGAAGGAGCCUGAGCCCUUGGACAAGCCCAACCGCCCGAAAACUUCCUUCAACUGGUUUGUGAACCCACUUAAGACUUUCGUCUUCUUCAUCUGGCGCCGGUACUGGCGCAUCCUGGUGCUGCUGCUGCUGCUGGCCCUGGUCACCGUCUUCCUCCUCCUGGUCUUCUACACCAUGCCCGGCCAGAUCAGCCAGGUCAUCUUCCGGCCCCUCCACCAGCCCUGACCCUAACUGACCCUGCAUACUCUUCCUGAAACUCCAGCCCCUCAAAUCCUCCUGGCUGUUGGGAGUCCACUGCUUUCCUUGAAUAAACUUGACUGUGCCUCCCCUCU